CAACAAAGAAACAAGCUUCACUUCCCCCCCUUGCUUCCCAACGAGGCUUCCCAACUACAACCACCCCCACACUCCGCCUUUUCCCACCACUACCCUCAGCCGCAAACCACACAGCAACUACCGCAACAACUACCGCAACAAUGGUCAACCUGUCCGCCAUAACAAGGGACAUCAAGUUCCUGCUCACUGUCGCUUUCGCUGUGCUCGGCUGGCUCCUCACAUUCAUCGGUCUGUGUGUGAUUGAGUCAGAUGCCGGAGGAAUCUCAGGGCUCUGGUUUCAUCUGUUUUUCGUCUUUUUCACCAUUGUCGCCGUCAUUACGAGUGUUGUCACGGGGAGUGUGCUCAAUUAUCGUACUUGUCUGGUAGCAUUACUCGCCAUCUCCUUCGUCUACAUCUCCGACGACCUCAACGUGACCCUUCACGAAACCAACCCCAUCCUCCCCCACAAACUACGCGACGGCGUGCGCCUCACCUCCGCCGGCCUCUUCUUCCUCUCCUUCGCCAUCCUCCCCUGGAUCAUCUUCUUCGGAUCUUCGGAAGAAGCCGCGGUCAACACGCUGGUCAACAGGGAGGGCACGUUGCGGUUGCCGUCGUUUAGGAAUGUCAAUGGAGGCCAGCCGGCGGGAAAUCAGAGUGGGCCGGCGCCGUAUGCGGUUGAUUCGACGACGAAUUUGUCUGGUGCGACGGCGGUGAAUGGAGGGAAUAGGGAAUCGAAGUUGCCGGCUAUGCCUGUGGGCGGCAUCGUCGCGGCGGGGGCUGGGGCGCAGAAUCAGAAGGCUGUUGCCUUGUUUCCAUACGAAGCAAACCCAGAAGACCCCUCAGAACUCUCCUUUGUAAAAGGCGACCAAUUCGACAUUGUCAACAACCAAGGCAAAUGGUGGCAGGUCCGGAAAUCCGACGGUACGGUCGGGAUUGCGCCGUCGAAUUAUUUGCAGCUUCAAUAAAAAAAAAACGCUCGAGUCAUCAUACCUCGGAAUUCGCAUACCACCCCCGCAAGCGUUGAGAUGAAACCCACCGCACGCACACAUCCAGCCCCACCCCUGCAACCCCCACAUAACACUAGGUAUCACCUAGUCUAGACGAAACACAACCAAUAUCCUUAUUGUCCAUCCCACCCCGCCUAAUGAUUAUUCAGCAAGAGCAUGGAAGUAUAAACCUGUUUAAUGUCCCCAAGUUUUUUUUUGUUACGUGGAAAGGAGGGAAUGGAAACUGGUUUAUCGUUUAC